AUGGCGAGAGCUCCGGUGUUUCUCGCCCUCUUGUGCCUUGUGGCCACUUUGUUGGCCAGCGGCGCCGAUGCGAGGAAGAUGGUUGGUGUGUACACGCUCAAGAAAGGAGAUUUCUCCGUCAAGAUGACCAACUGGGGCGCCACUAUCAUGUCGAUCGUCCUUCCUGAUUCCAAAGGGAACUUGGCCGAUGUUGUCCUGGGUAAAGACACCCUCGCCGAGUAUGUGAACGAUACCUCUUACUUCGGGCCGCUCACCGGGCGCGUGGCGCAGCGAAUGGCCAGGGGCCGAUUCGUCCUGGACGGCAAAGUGUACCACACCUACAUCAACGACGGCAGGAACUCGAUCCAUGGUGGUCACAGGGGAUUCAGCAAGGUCAUAUGGACGGUGAAGGAGUAUGUUGCCGGCGGCAGCUCCCCGUACAUCACGCUCUACUACCGCAGCUUCGAUGGAGAGCAAGGAUUUCCUGGAGAUUUGGACGUGUACGCGACGUACCAGCUGUCGAGCCCGUACGCCCUGAGCAUUCGCACGAACGCGACGGCGCUUAACAAGGCCACGCCGGUGAACUUCCUGCAGCACGUGUACCUGAACCUGGGCGGGCAGGGCAGGGGCGACGUGCUGGGCCACACGCUCCAGCUCUUCGCAUCGCGGUACACCCCCAUGGACGAGGAGCUCCUCCCGUCGUCCGGCCGCGUCGACCCGGUCGCCGGCACCAACUACGACUUCCGGACGCCGACGCCCAUCGGCGCGCGCAUCCGGCAGGUUAGCGGCGGCAAGCCGGGCGUCCACGGGUACGACAUCAACUACGUGAUCGACGGGGCCGGCAUGCGGAAGGUGGCGGCGGUGCGGGAUGGCGCGUCCGGCCGUGGGUUGGAGCUUUCGGCCAACCAGCCGGCGAUGCAGUUCUACACCGCCAACGGGCUGAACGACACCAAGGGGAAGGGAGGCAAGGUGUACAGGCAGUACAGCGGAUUUUGUCUGGAGACGCAGGCGUACCCGGACGCCGUGAAUCACCCUGAAUUCCCGUCGAUCACGGUGAGGCCCGGCCAGGUGUACAAGCACGAUAUGGUCUACAAGUUCUCCUUCUAG